UGUUUUCUUCUUUUUGCUGUUCUCUACAUAGUUUCCUACUUCAUAAUCACAAGAUACAAAAGAAAAGCAGAUGAGCAAGAGGAUGAGGAUGCCAUCGUUAACAGAAUAUCGCUGUUCUUGAGCACCUUCACUCUAGCAGUUUCAGCUGGUGCAGUCCUGCUUCUACCUUUCUCAAUAAUCAGCAAUGAGAUCCUGCUUUCUUUUCCACAAAACUACUAUAUUCAGUGGCUAAAUGGCUCACUAAUUCAUGGUUUAUGGAAUCUUGCUUCUCUUUUUUCAAAUUUAUGUUUGUUUGUGUUGAUGCCCUUUGCCUUUUUCUUCCUGGAAUCGGAAGGAUUUGCUGGCUUAAAAAAGGGCAUCAGAGCACGCAUUUUGGAAACCCUUGUAAUGCUUAUUCUUCUUGCACUGCUUAUCCUUGGAAUCGUAUGGGUGGCUUCAGCACUCAUAGACAAUGAUGCUGCCAGUAUGGAGUCUUUGUAUGACCUCUGGGAAUUCUACCUCCCGUAUUUAUAUUCUUGUAUAUCGCUGAUGGGAUGCUUGUUACUUCUGU